GCUGUAGUAGUCGGCAGGUGGCUGACGGCGGAAGGAUGUCUCAGGACGACGAGGUGGCGGCGAGCCGGGCCAUGCUGGAGGAACUCAACAGCUGGUCACGGGAGGUGUGCCGCCGGGAACUGCCAUCGGUGCUGCCCCGGCUCCUCUCUAUGUAUCAGCAUUCUGAGAGUUGGAUUGAACAUAUACGAAUUUUGAAAACCAUUAUUGAUAUGUUUUUACCUCAUAUGAACCACCUGACACUGGAACAGACUUUCUUUUCUCAAAUUUUACCAAAGACUAUAAAAUUGUUUGAUGGAAUAAUGUGUGAAUUAAAUACUCAAGCUGGAGAACUCUCAAGCCAAAAUUUAGAGAUCCAGGUCACCCUAAGGAAUAUUUUACAAACAAUGGUGCAGAUCUUAGGAAGCCUUACAGGAUGUGUUCAGCAUGUCUGUACCACACAGGACUCCAUCAUUCUAGAAAAUAUUCAUAGUCUUCCUUCAUCCAUCCUGCAUAUAAUCAAAGAGACAUUUGUACAUUGUAAGAAUACCGAAUCUUUGUAUUCUGGGAGCUUACAUCUAGUGUCAGACCUUCUGCAGGCUUUUUUCAGGGAGGCCUAUUCUCUCCAGAAGCAGCUGAUGGAACUGCUGGACAAGGUUUCCAUGGGCCCUUCAGUAGACGAAAAUGACAUUUUUUUGAUGGUAGAAGUUAUUCAUUCAUUAUUGGAUAUCUGCUCUGUUAUCUCCAGUAUGGACCAAGCAUUUCAUGCCAAUACAUGGAAGUUUAUAAUUAAGCAGAGCCUUAAACACCAGUCGGUUAUAAAGAACCAGUUGAAACACAAAGAGAUAAUUUCUAGCUUGUGUGAAGACAUUGUUUUCUCCUUCCAUUCAUGUAUACAGUUAGCUGAGCAGAUGACACAGUCCGCUGUACAGGAUAAUGCUGAUUACAGAAUAUUUCAGAAAACACUCAAAUUGUGUCGUUUCUUUGCUAACUCCCUUUUGCACUACACUAAGGAAUUUCUUCCUUUCCUGUCGGAUUCUUGCUGUAUUUUGCACCAGCUUUAUCUUCAGAUAUACAGCAAGUUUCCUCCAAACCUAUAUGCUUCCAGAAUUUCCAAAGCACAGCAGGAGGAAAUAGCAGGCACUUUCCUUGUGGUACUGGACCCACUCAUCAGUCAGUUGCUCACAACCCAACCUUUUGUGCAGGCAGUUUUGGAUAAUAAACUAGACUUGCCCCGUGAGCUGCAGCUCCCACAAGUCCUACUCCUGGUUGUUGUCAUGGAUAAGCUGCCCUCUCAGUCUAAGGAUCUACAGACCGUGUGGUGCACAGAAGCUACGGCUAGGAUGUCCCUAUUCAACGCUAUUUUCUAUAAUUUUGAGCGGUGUUCUGGUGAACUCUCUCUGACUGCUCAUUUACAAGUAAAGCAUAAAGGGCAAGCUGAGGUGUCUAUCACUUUAUAUCAGCAUGUUUGUGUUCAUCUGUGUGCAUUUGUUGCUUCUUUUCAUCCCUCACUGUUUCCUGAGCUGGAUACUGCUCUAUUGAAUGCUGUGCUUAGUACUAAUAUGACUACCUCACUGUUAGCAAUGGAUGUGUGGUGUUUCCUUGCUCGAUAUGGAACUGCUGAACUUGGUGCACAACAUGUCACCUUAGUGGCUCACCUGAUAAAAUCUUGCCCUGGAGAGUGUAUUCAGCUUACCAACCUAUCGAUACUGUUGAAGCGUCUCUUUUUCUUCAUGGCACCACACCAUCAGGUGGAAUUUAUCCAGAGGUUUUCUCCAAAAGAAGCAGACAACUUGCCUCUAUGGCAGUAUAUUUCCUUCCAGGCAUUAUCUGCUGACCUUAGGAAUCAAGCUGCAAGUGAAGUGAUCAGAGGGUGCACAGUACAGUGCGGGAAAUGGUUGAACAGCAGUCACACUUUGGCAGAACUUGACUCUCUGAACACAGCACUCUCUGCUUUGCUUACUGUAUGUAAUUCUGUUGGUGAUGCUUUGGAUAUUAGACAACAAACUACAGUGAUUGAAGUUGUGGGUCAGCUUUGGGCUUUUAUAAACAUUCAACAAGUAAUCAGUCAACCCUAUGUUCAGCAGGCAUUUAGCCUUUUACUUCAACUACUGGCAUUUUUCAUCCAAAAUGUAGAUCUACAGCUGAUAAGUCAGGUAGUAACUUUACUGACCUCACUAUUUAAAUUAGAGCCUCCUGACCAUGUCUCUCUGGCAGUGCUGGAUUUUAUAUCUUCUCUAGGCAGACUUUUUAUACCUCUGGCUAUCCAGGACAAGGUGCUGCCCAACCUGUCUUGUAUUCUGGCUUUUCUGCUAGCCAACAGGAAUUGGCUGCUAGAGCAACUCAGUUUGGAGGCAUUUACUCAGUUUGCUCAGGGAACAAAUCAUGAAGAGAUAGUUCCACAGUGUCUCAGUUCUGAAGAAAUCAAGAACAAAGUUGUAGCCUUUUUGGAGAAGACAGGAUUUGUAGAUGAAAGUGAAGCUGCCAGAGUGGACCAUGUGAAACAGAAGAAAGGUACUUCCUGGGAAUAUGCUGCCACGGUGACUGUAGAAGCAAAUGGACCUGCUAUACAGCCUCGUUCAAAAAGAGCCCGGCAUGAGGUCCCCUUCGAAGAAGAGUAUAGGGCAGCAUUUCAAGCAGCAGAGGAGGCUUUGGAGACAACUGAGUUGUUACUCCAACAGGCCCCCGCUCCAGCCUGGCUGCUAACGGAACUGGAGGCACUGCAAGAAAAAGUUGAGAAGCUAAAAUGCUGUAUACCUGAGGGUAACACAUGAAUGCAUCCUACCGAUUGGACAGAACUG